CCGAGGGAAAAGUUAUAGCACCGCUGCGCGAUAUUUAAAAUAUGUAGUGUCAAAUGAGGCAAACAUGAUCGAUCAUCCUUGUGUGUGUUAAAUUCCUCAAUUCUAAACUAAUUUCUCAGUCCUCUUCUGUAUUUUGAUAUUCACCGUAACGUCAGUUGACGAUUGGCAAGUCUGCAGCGUCUGCAGCAGAUCGGAGAAUCCCGAUAAAUAUGAGGAGUUCGUGUAAAUCUCUUCACGUUAAUGCUAGACUGCCUUCAGUUUCAAUAGUCGACUAUGUAAGUAGUCCGGAAUGCAUAGCGAUUAGUGAUGAUUCAAAUGAUAUGUUCGACUAUUAUUUCGAGAACGAGGACACUAUACACUCUUCUAUUAAAAACAGAAGUUAUAACCUUGUGAAGGAUACAGUUACAGAAAAUUCGCAGCAAGAUAGUGAUGAUACAGAUAGUGUCAUAGAGAUUGAAAGCCAACAAAAGUCUACCAACUUCAUAAGAACUCAAAUGCGAAAGAAAACGUCUAAUAGAACGAAAUUUUUGCGCACUUUAUCAGAAAACGAUCAUACUUCUAAUGGGUCUGGAAUAAACAAUAUUUCAAAUAAAACAUUAACUGAAGACGCUAUAACUAUAUCUAAACUUUUGUCAAAAUAUAAUUUCAAUCGAAUAUUCGAAGCAUUAUGUCAAAAUAGACACGCAAAAAAUUAUAUAGAACUUACACUUUGGGAUUUAUUACCUAUGAAAAGGCCUCCUGUGCAAAGAAUAACUAAUGAAAAUAAUUUUGGUUCACAAUUCACAUCAGUCGAUUCAUUAAUAGAAGAGGUAUUACGUGCCAGUAUUUCAGGAGAUAAUCCUAUACAACAUAAAGAGGAUAUUAUUGCGGGUACUAAGAGGAAAGUAAUUACUACUAAUAAAAGAGAUAAGGAAGAGAAUAAUAAAGAGAACAGCAUGUUGUUUCAAAAUGAUGAAAAUUGGAUCUAUGAUGUACUGCAAUUAUACGUAGAAUUAACAUGUAGAUUUCCUAAUGUCGACCAGCAGUGGCUAAAUAAUUUGACUAGAACGUAUAAACACCCGAAACAAAAUGCUACUUUUGAUGAAAAGUUAAAGAAUCUGAUCAGCAUCGUUGAAAAAGACGCUACCGAAUUACAAUCGGAAUAUGUUGCCGACAUAGACGAAAAGUUUAUAUAUCUAUCGAACAUUUUUCAAAACGCGGACCCCGAUUACUUGAAAAAAGUGGUUGCAAGAACGCGCGGCGAUGUCGAAGCAUUACAAGAGUUCAUCCAAACGCAAAUAGAAACGCCUACUUAUAUAACGAAAGAAGAGAAGUUGAAGCGAAAGAACAUCGCAAGAUAUACUAUAAACUUCAAUGUGAAACAAUUUUUGGAAGCAAUUCCGGAUCCGAUCGAAUUCUUUGAAAAUCAGAAUAGGAAAUGUGUAUACAAUGCGGAAGCAUUUGAAUUUCUUAAAUUCCAGUUUAAACAAUUUGAGGAAACGACUAUAACAGAUGUAUAUACACAAAAUAAGUAUAAUUUAACUUUAACUGCAUGUGCAUUGCGAACGAAAGUACCAGAUAAAAGAAAUAACCAUGAAUCGUCGUGGAAGAAAAAAGCAUCGGAAAAUAUUCCUUUGUUGCAAGAGGUUGCUUAUAUAGUACGCAAGACGCAAAUUGACGAGGAAUUUAAUAGGUUGAAGGAAAUAGAAAGGAAAGAACUCGACUUAUUAAUACGGAUGAAUGAGUUCUUGGAGUGCCAGUGUUGUUACACUGAAUGCAUUCCAUCGAAGUGUUUGACAUGCGACGAUGGACACGUAUUUUGCGAUUUGUGCGUUCAAAGAGGAGCCGAAGUAAAAAUGGGACAAGGGACUACACGCGUCUCAUGCUUUGAUUCCGACUGCACCAGUGAAUUCAGUCUCACGACGCUUCAAAAAGCGUUGAAACCGAUGGUGUUCAGUCUCCUUCUACGUAAGAGGCAGGAGGCAGAGGUACUGGCUGCUGGCCUGGAGGGUUUAGUUGCAUGCCCGUUUUGUUAUUUCGCAUCAAUACCUCCAGUGGAGGAUAAAAUUUUCAAGUGCCUCAAUCCCGAUUGCAUGAAAGAGUCAUGCCGGUAUUGUAAACGAAUUAAUCAUUUACCACUUAAAUGCUACGAAGUGCAAUCUGACAAAGCUCGCUUACUUCUGGAAGAGAAAAUGACAGAGGCACUUGUGCGUAAAUGUUAUAAUUGUGGUAGUCCAUAUAUCAAGGAGGAUGGGUGUAAUAGAAUCACGUGUUCAUGUGGCUCAGAGAUGUGUUACAUAUGUGGUAUAGCGAUCAGUGGGUACGACCACUUCGAUCAAAAUGGACGUUGUCAGAGGCACAGCGAUCCUAAUACAGACGCUGCGACGGUACAAGUAGUCGCUAAAAAAGUUGCGCAGCAUUUAAGAGAAGGAGACCCAAACGUAGACAUAGACCUAAAUAGUCUUCUAACGCAUAUGCCGUUGGCAUCUGAUGACGUGGCUAUUUCGGAACGUGUGGAGAAGGUUGCUCAACUGGACAAGUAGUGUUUUAGAACAUAGGUUUAAUAUUAUUAAGCUGUUAAUAAUUAUUUAAGAAAUACCAAAUAUUGUUAUUUAUAAACGUAAGUGCCAAGCAAAUUUUAUUUCACAGAUAUAUGUAUAUGAUACAGAUGUAGGAAGGAUUACUCAACAGUUUUGUUUCUGUAACUCGUAAUAGCUAAUUGAGCAUUUCAGUUUUCAUUUUAUC